AUGAAUGGAACUGCUUCUGCUCUCGGCGCCUCGCCGUCUUCUUCCUCUCCCUCUCCAUCUCCGCCACCUUCAACAUCGACAUCGAGUAGCUCUUCGUCCUCGCCCUUGACCCGCCACGGCCGAAGCGGGAGCCUUCUUCGAACCCGGGCCGUGCGCGAACUGCAUCAUGGCCUGGAUCAAGCAGACGACGAGGAACCCACCAAGGUCGAGGAGGUGAAGAAGCUGCUCCAGCAAUCGGUGGCCUCCUAUUUUGAUCGGUUGCAGGAGGAGGAGCGCGAGAAGCGAAAGCAGGAACGCGAGCAGCGCGAGAGGCGGAAGCGCUUGCCCAUCUUGUUGAUGGUUACGCUGCCGGACUGGCUUGGCGGGGACGCGCACGAAAUCAUUCUACCGCACGACUGCCUGAUCGACGAAGUCAAACAAACGAUCUGGAAGCAAGUUCCAGCGCUGUGGGACACCGCCAGGGAGGAGUGUGACCUCACCCUGGCCGGCAGCUAUGUACUGGACGUGGAGUUCUGCAAGCUGCUAUCGAUCACGGUGGUGGGCAAAUACUUCGCUGAGCACAACAAGGUCGCACUCAGCGUCAUCACAAAGAAAAUAGCCCCUAAACGCGGUCCUCUGAGCAUGAGCACCAACAGCCCCAUUGGGACGAUCGUGCGACCUCCACCGAGACCGAGCGACGAGGACGACCACAAGAAGCGCGCUGCAGUGAUCGCCCAAAAGCUCAGCGAAUCACAGAGCGCGCUCUACAAGGUGCAAACGCAGAUACGGGAACUGCAGAGCAUGUACCGGAAGGAGCUGGACCAGUGCCUGUCCAACAUCGCCCUGACCAAUGUCAUCCGCCAAGCCGACGAGGCGGGCUUGAAGAAGCGCACCACGGAGGAGGCCGCCGCCGAAGCCCUGGUCGAGGCCGAAGCCGAGUCGGAGACCACCGCGUCCGAGGUCUCGGAAGCGGAGGCCGACGACGAUGAAGAGGACGGCGCCGAUGACGACGACGGCGCCGAUGAUGAGGAAUUCGCAACGGCCACGGUCAACGAGACCGAGCUUGCGAUGCGGUUCUUCAACGACCGCAAGGAGCUGCUGGAGCGCAUCGUAGCCAACCUGCAGGAAAUCCUGGACUCCAAGGACCUGAUGACGCCGUCGGUCGAGCGUCAACCGUCAUUCAAGCGUCUGGCCGAUCUGAAGGCCGUCAAGGACUCUGAGGCUUCGGCUUCGGCUUCGGGCGCUGCCGCUGGUCCGUCGCUCCGGACACCGCCGCAGACGCCGCUGCCACCGCUCCCCCCGCACGCCAAGGCCCGCAUGUCGUGCGGCCAGCCGGCCUUGGUGCGCGUCAGCGAGCUGAUGGAGAGCGAGGCCAUUCAAAAGAACGACUCCUCGCCCAAGCCCGGGGGCAAGGACGGCGUCGACGAGGAGGAAAAAGAAAGACAGAGGAAGAGGUUGCUUACGCCACUCGAGCGAACGCGGGAAGAGUUUUUUGAGACGGAGGAGAGCUACGUGGCGGGUCUGGCAAUCAUAGUCAAGGUCUACUUGGCGGGCGUCACGGGCAUACUGAGCCCCAACGACCUCGACACGAUCUUCGCCAACGUGGCGACCAUCUUCGAGAUCCACAAGAACCUGCUGCAGGACAUCUCCCAUAUCAAGGACAAGGAGCGCGCCCAGACGGGCAAGUCGUUCGGUGAUUCGCUCAAGGCCUUCAUUCCAUUCCUGAAGAUGUACACCGUCUAUAUCAACGCCUUCGACGAUGCCAACAAGCGCAUCGGCGAGCUGAUGAACACGUCGAAGAAGUUCGCUGCCUAUCUGCAAGAGGCCCAGGCGCGGCCCGAGUGCAAGAAGCUGGACUUGACGUCGUACCUGAUCAUGCCCGUGCAGCGCCUACCGCGAUACGAACUGCUCCUGCGGGAUCUCAUCAGGCUGACCCCGCCCGAAGACUCUGAACACCCCAAGCUGAGCUCGCUCUUGGAGGCUGUGGUGUUGGUCAACAAGCAUGUGAACGAGAGCAAGAAGAAUGCCGAACUUCGACAAAAGUUGUACAGACUCCAGGUCUCGAUCAAGGACAAGGUCGACAUCUUCUCUCGGGUCAACCGACAUCUGAUCCGAGAGGGCUCCUUCCAGUCCUACGAGCUCCGAUUGCAGGACCAGGGCAAAGAAACCGCUGCGGAGCUGGCGCGGCAGAACGUGGAGGGCGUGAGCCUGCUCAACGUCUCGCUCAAGCGGCUGCCCUUCAAGGAGCGCUACUUCUUCCUCUUCGAUGACUACCUCCUCGAGGUCUCACUGCCCACACGAAGCGGCAAAUACAAAUUCGUCCGGAAAGUCGACCUCAGAAAUAUGACCUCGGUCUCGUGGGAGAAGGACAAGGAGCGAGAGCUCAAGGACCUGUUCCCACAGCGGGCGCCGAAUGCGAACUCCGAAAUCCCGACUUUGUCGAACGAGAUAUUGAUGCUGAGUCCAGCAAUCAUGGAAGACGAAGACAAACUGGUCCUCUCGGUGGUGGUGGAUGGAACUAAACGCUACCUCUACAAAUUCAAAUCCACGACUGAGCGCGAUGAUUGGCACGACGUACUCAGCAAACAAUCCGCCAAAUGCAAGGCGGAACCAGCGAGCGCAGUGCCCGAGCUGGAAAUCGCGGACCGAGGGCAGUCCUCGCUAAGCAACCUGCUCGGUUUCAGCCCAGCAUCAAGUACAACUUUCUAUGUUGUUGUUGUUAUACUAUGUGUGUGUGUGUGUGUCUAG